ACCUACAGAACAGAUUCAAAUAAAAUUGUGAAAUAUAUUUGACACCAAUUUUGAACUCCGAUUGGCGUGAAACUAGCAUGAUUGACUUCCACCCGCCGCUCCGACAAGCGCGGAUUGAGAUUUACGGCUGGGCUUAUGGGGGCCAUUCCCCCUCCUUGGGUACUAGAUAGACCGCCCGGAUGGUAGGCAACACGCACCACGGUGCCCCUGUAUGCAGGCAAAAGGCAGUGCUCUCCCUCUCUCCUUAGAAAAAUGCAGGAUCCGCUCCUGCGCUCCGAUCCUAAGACGAAUGCCCAUCCUCCCGUAUUACUUUGUAAAUGCAUGAAUCGAAGACCGUUCCCAUGAGCGAAAGAAGGCCUUUGCCUGGACGUAGUUACUAGCCCGAACAAUUAUUCUGUCAUGCCAUCACCCCUUAAUCCCUCGAUGUCGCCUUGCCGGCCACACGCAAUGUUUUUUUUUUUUUAAAAACGAAACACUACGACACCGCGAUUGGGGACGUUGCCCGGUGUCACGUGUGGCGUGCGUCGGCCCGGGCCGGACGGAUGGCGGGCGCGCGGCUCGAGGCAAAGACCGGUUUCAAGUACGGCGACGACUAGCCCCGCCGAUUAAAUGUUCAGUCUAGUAGUCCAUAAAACAAGUAGUAGCAACUCCUCCCGAUAAAAAUGGGCGGCAGUUAUGCUUACAUCGAAAGAAAGAGAGAGGGAGAGAGCAUAUAGCCGCCACGCCACACAUGUAUCAAAUGAACCAAAAUAAACUCGGAGCUCAAAAGCCCUUUACCCGCCUCUUCUCGUGCACAGUUCUAACUCGUGUAAAAACAGCUAGUUCUCCUUUUUCCUGCAUGCCAGAUCGCGCGGGCCAGGCAGGGCCGCGGCGGCCCGGACGCACGAGCGUUGCCCCUCUUCCGAGUCCCGAUGCCUUUCAAGGUGAGCGGUCCAAAAACUGGUCGCCUGCUUCCGUACCGAAUACCUGCCGCUGACCAGGAAGGAGUACCGUUUCCUCGAGUGUGUCUUCCGAAAGACAAAGGAAAAUGCCAGCAAGCCCAACUAAAAUAGGUUUUGUGAAAUUUUGACAAACGCCCCCCCCUCCAACUCAUAGCGAUAUGCCGAUCUUCCUUAUCGGGUGGCCACGCGUGCCGUUUUUGCUAGAGCUGUCUCGGACGGCGUGCCGCCAGUGCUGCGCGUGCUGCGUGCCCCUCGGGGGCCCCGGCCCCCCUCCUCGACCCUCGGGACAGGAGGACCACGUCGCCUGUCAGGGCAGCCAGCGGCAAGCGGCGGCAGUCAUCGAGUCGACUUGGGCAGACUUGAGCAGUGCUGGUGUGGUGGAGUCCUGGUGGAGUCCCAGGGGUGUCGCUCCCAUCGUGGAGGUGCCCAGUGCCUCGGUUCAGGACAAGAAGUGCGACGAGGACUCCGCAGCCGCCGUCUCGCUGCCGGCAUGGAGCCCAAGUGGACCGCCAGCGCCAUCUGGGUUGUGGCGGCUGUCCUGUACAUCGGCAUCAAGUGCCUCAUCACCGGGUGCUACGCGGUGGGGUUCAUGGUGUUCAAGCAGAUGACCACGCCGCGGUGGCUCUUCACGUACAAGCGGCGGCUCGUGCCGCCCAAGAGCCUGCAGGACCCGGACCUGGGCCAGCACGGCUACGUCACGGUCAAGGGCUUGAAGUUCCACUUCGUUGAGAAAGGAGACCGAUCUAAGCCGUUGAUGUUAUUUUUGCACGGCUUCCCCGAUUUCUGGUAUUCAUGGAGACAUCAAAUGAGAGAGUUCAGCAAAGACUACUGGACGGUAGCUUUGGAUAUGCGAGGGUACGGCGACUCGGACAAGCCGACUGGCGUAUUUGAUUAUUCCGUGACUGAUUUAGUGGACGACAUCAAAGGGGUCGUAACGGCGCUUGGAAGGAAGAAAUUCAUCCUUGUUGGCCAUGACUGGGGCGCUGUCCUAUCGUGGUCUUUUUUAGAUCGGUACCCAGAAAUGAUCGACAAGUACAUAUUGAUGAACGGACCCUCUUUGAAGGUGUUUACGCAACUUCUGAUAUCGUUUUCUUCCGACCAAUCUUCCAAAUCAUGGUAUACAUUUUUAUUCCAAAUACCGUACCUUGCGGAAUUAUUCGUGAGUUUCAACGACUUUGGAAUGUUGCGAGAAACCCUGUUGGGCCACAAAACAAGCAGUCCCUACAUUACAGAAGACGAUAUUGAGGCGUAUAAAUAUAACUUUUCUCAGCGUGGCUAUCUGUCGCCUCCACUGCGCUACUACAAAGCAACUUACCAGACAAUUGUACGGCAAGGCCUGUUCCCGGACUUCGUGGGCGCCCCGACAACCAGCGGACCAAGGCCACAAGGCCUGUAUUUACACGGCGCCCAAGACAUUGCGGUCGACAGCAAGUGCGUGGUCAUGCUCCAAUUUUCAACCGAGAACCUCAAAACUUUGGUCUUGAACGAAGGAAACCAUUUCGUCAACCAGGGUGAACCCCUGGCCGUCAACAACGCCAUACGAUCAUUUCUUCAAUAACUUAUUUCAAUGUUAUAUUUUGUCCAUUUUCAGCUCAAUACACUUUAUUUAUCAUACAGCAACCA